AUGAAUACACCUCUACAAUUUCAUCCAGUUCAUGGUGAACAUAUUAAAUUAUCACGAAAUAAUACAAUAGCAAAACGUGUUGAUAGUUUCUGUAAAGGAAUCUGUUUCAGUAAUCGAACAAUUCAAAUACGUGAAAAAGUUUACGUUCGUCUUCUUAGUAAAAGUAUACAGUGGACAGGUUUUCUUCGUCUUGGUGUAACUACAUGCGAUCCUAAUACUCAUCGAACAUCAACAGCAUUACCUCGUCAUGCAUGUCCAGAUUUGACUUGUCGACCUGGUUAG